UCUCUGGCUGCGCAUAAACUAGCACAUCGAAUUGAGCGACGUACGAGGGCUGCCCAAAUCUAGCAGACAAGUUUACAUUGCCAUUCGGAAAAGGAACAUUUGGUCGUGUUUACGUUUCGAUACGACAAAAAUCAAGUUUAGCAGUUAUCAUUGAUAUUUGUACGUUCUGGAAUAGCUUCACCCUUGAGGGAAUCUCCAGCUUUCUUUUUGCUGUAUUGAAACGAACAGUGAACCCCUGACUCUGUCUGUUCAAAACAUAAACACGCAUUGAUCCUGAUCCCCUGCCCUGGCCGAGCAGUGCCUAACUGCUCUGAACAGUGUUGAAUCGGAAUCCCAGGAUUGGAAUCAUGGUCAAAAUGAGUUCGGCAUCAAAUUUUGCUAAAAUUUUGUUCAUGGCUGAUGGAUGACCCGUUGUAAUGCGUGGAUAAUCAAAGCCAGGCUCAGGAUGUGUUGUCUUUCUAUGACAUGAGUGACAGGCCUGGAAUCUAGAAUGAUGCCCGCUGAUGAAGAUCAGAAUAAUGGUUCAAAUAAAAGUGAUUAGGACUAGCGGUCGUAUUCUACCCCGUUGACCUCUCAAACUCAAACGUUAUCUCCUGCUUUGAAUGCUUGUGUUUUGCAGAACACUGGGACAUUUUAAAAUAAAAGUUGUACAGUCUGGAGGAUGCACCUUUUUCAUAGGCCAACUGGAAUAGGAGAAUCGAGCAUUACCUGAUCGAUUAAUAUAAACAUUUGAAAGAAGCCAAAGCCCAGACAGUGCAUGUAUUCUAAAUAAGAGAAGAAUAGUUCUUUUGAAUGCUGAGUGGGCAUUUAUGACUUGACGUUUUCCGAGUUAAUAAUAUUUAAAUUUGUAAACCGCUGUUGAAAAACUUAAUUUAAUCAUGGGUAAUUCAAGAUCCAGCAAAAAUUGUGCAGCUUCCAUGACAAUGGGCAUGCCUCAAAGAGAAAGGGAUCUUCAUAUUGCUGUGGUUGGAAAUGACAAGUCAAGCGUCUUGUCUGUUUUAAAUCAAGGUGUUGAUAUAAACUACCCAUGGAGUAAUCCUGCAGUUCCAAGUGUCAAGGACAGCACUACACCACUAAUCGCAGCAGUUUCUCUCAACCAUGUUGAGAUUGUUAUGAUUUUGCUGCACAGUGGAGCAGCACUGAACAGAACAGAUCGCAAUGGUUGCACUCCCUUGUACAAAGCUGCCUUUCAUGGUCGGAUGGUGCUAGUGGAUGUUUUGGUCAAAGCAGGUGCAGAGAUUGAUAAAGCAGACAAAGAGAAUCAGACUCCUCUGUAUAUCUGUGUUCAGAAUGCCGUUGUACAUUCCAGCAUUGCUACAGUGAAAAGGUUACUGGCUGCAGGAGCAUCAGUGCACAUCACUGACCGCUAUGGGAGAGUUCCACUACACAGUGCAGCCCACUGGAAACUCAAAGAACUCAUAAGAAUUCUACUGGAAGCAAAGAGCUACGUGAAUGUGGUGGACAAGCAGGGGAGGACUCCUCUCUAUGUGUGUGUGGUGUCUCUCAGUACAGGCAUCUACAAGGAAGAUUUGAAAUAUCAAGUCCCGUGUAUUAAAAUAUUAUAUACUGCUGGUUGUGAUAUGCUAAACCUGGAGGACUGGCUCCGCUGGAAAGGGCCUGGGGUCCCGCCGGAAAUGCUGACCGGGGACGAGAACUUCCUGACCUGGUACAAGGCAGCGAUGACCUCACCCCCCUCCUUGAGGAACUUGUGUCGGAAGGUGGUCCAGCGGAGGUUGGUGGCCUACGACUGCCCGGGCCUGGUCAAGUGUGUGGAGCAGCUGCCGGUGCCCCCGUCCCUCAAGGUGUACCUGUCGCGGAAGAUGUUUCACCUGCCCAUGUCUUAAAGGCUACCACUGGCUUAGACUUGGUUGUGAUCUGUACAAUCUUGUGGUUUUAUCUCGACAUUCUGGCGUUUUGUGCAACAAUAGAUUGACGAAGCUCUUUACUAUUCUGCAAAAUGGUAGUUUAAAGAAAAUUUCCUUUCCCAGGUUGAAGUAAACUCAAGUUGCUUUGCUUAGUAGGAGAUAGGUUUUUCGAACAGCUUUAUUCAAUUAACUUAAACAUUUUUCUGCCUCCCACUCCUCUUGAGAGUACACUAGUUACUUGCUACUUAUCACAGAGAAGUCACUUUUGCAGGGGGUGGGGGGAACCUCACAGCUUUAUUUGUUCUAUCCACUUGAUGUUUUCCAAAGAAACAACAAUUAAGCUGGAUAUUGUUGUAUUGACACUGUUUGGCCAUCAACUUUGCAUUAAUUCAUUUGUUUAAAGCAGUAUACAGCAGUUAUGUUGAUUUGAUUUGCACUAAUUGCACAGUUUUUGCAAGGCGGAUGGAGGAAGAUGUACUAAUUUUUUUCUAGUAGUCUUCUUGGCAAAAAGUACUUUUAUUCUUUUUGUGCAUUGUAACAUCAGUAUUCAUGAAAAUAUGUCUUAAAGAUGGUGAUGUUAAGGUUUAAUUUUUUUUUUUUUUUUUGGUGGUUUACAGGAUUCUGUAGUUUUUCAACUUGAUACCACAUUUAGAGGAGUUCCUCUGGUCUCUCCCUUCAUAAGUUUGGUCAUCAUUGCAGUUUCUUUGCACCUUUUUGUCUUCAUUCCACUAUAUAGUUUAUGCUUCUGUCAUGAAAUUUACAUGUAAAAUUCAAACAGAAUAACUGAGGACAAUUUGCUUCUUCUUGUGCUGUUCAAAGUUACUUAUUUCAGUAAUUAAACUGUCUCUGAAGUAGAGAUCAUGUGGCAGUGCUCUCUUUUUAUCUCCCACCACAAAGCAUAUUUUAAAACAGGUUAUGUAUUCGUUCUGUGAAUUUUUAGAUUUUGACCACAAAAAAAAAA